UUUUCAUUUCUUUAUUUGAUUUGCUGAUAUAUAACGCUGACUUGGUCGCACCCCCAAAAUUACUGCUUAUCCAUCCCCAAUCACCUUCCAACCCACAAUUUGUUGUUAGGGAUUAACUAGUUGACAAGAAAUGGCGGAUCAGUUGACGGACGAUCAGAUCUCUGAGUUCAAGGAGGCCUUCAGCCUUUUCGACAAGGACGGCGAUGGUUGCAUCACGACGAAGGAGCUGGGUACUGUGAUGAGAUCCCUCGGUCAGAACCCAACUGAGGCUGAGCUCCAAGACAUGAUCAACGAGGUCGAUGCUGAUGGGAAUGGAACCAUUGACUUCCCGGAGUUCUUGAACCUCAUGGCUAGGAAGAUGAAGGACACCGACUCUGAGGAGGAGCUCAAAGAGGCGUUCCGUGUCUUCGACAAGGACCAGAACGGUUUCAUCUCUGCUGCUGAGCUGCGCCAUGUGAUGACAAACCUGGGCGAGAAGCUGACCGAUGAGGAAGUAGAUGAGAUGAUCAGGGAGGCCGACGUCGACGGGGAUGGCCAAAUCAACUACGAAGAGUUUGUCAAGGUUAUGAUGGCCAAGUAAUCCUCCCUGUCUGCAAUAAAAUCUAGAAAUAUAUAAAAUUGUCAGUAGUAUAUUUUAUGAAGAAGAUGAACUUGGUUGGUUGUUGGAUAGUGUAAUGUGAUUAGUUGGUUUAGCUUUACUGCAUUUGUGGUUUAGACUGAUUUUGAAUGGUGUUGUAAUGGUUGUGGAUUCUUCACUAUUCCUUUUCUUGUGAGAUCUGUUGGCUCUUAUUUUUCAUUAA